UUUUUUUAAAGAUAGAUAAUUGGUCAAUCGGUUUUAUAGAUAUUUUUAACGGAUAUUUACGUUUCAUCGGUUGUCAGUAUUAUUGGAUCUUCCCAAAUGGCACCGUUUGUUGUAAAUAAGAGAGAACAACAGCAAGGCGGGGAGAAGAUGCCUCAACCCAAGGUGAAGCUGGUGGUGACAGGAGAUGAUUUUGGGUACUGCGAGAGAAGAAAUCAAGGGAUUGUGGACUGCUUCAAAGCUGGUGGGAUCUCCAAUGUCUCCCUUCUGGUCAAUGCAGUCUCAGCGGAGCACGCGGCAGAGCUGGCUAAAAGGAAUCACAUCCCCAUUGGACUCCAUGCAAAUCUCUCAGAGGGUCUUCCAGUCUCUCAGGAUCUAAAGGGCUCAACACUCCUCAACAAGGAUGGAUUCUUCCAUGGCAAGAUGGGCUUCCGGGAAGUUUUGCAGAGUGGUCAGCUCAAGAUGUCAGAGGUGGAGGCGGAGCUCAGAGCCCAGGUAAAUCGAUUUUGUGAACUGGUUGGCCACAUGCCCUACCAUAUGGACGGCCACCAGCAUGUGCACAUUCUGCCAGAGGUGCGAGAGGUGUUUGCACAAGUUCUCUCUGAUUUUGGAAUCACCUACACACGGGUCCCCAUAGAACCCGGACUUAAAUUUUGUACCUUCCUCCCGCCGCAUCUGCGGGACUUCAAUGCACAGGUUGAAAAAGAUGCCCUGGAAUCUAUCAAGGUCUUUCAUCGCCAUGGAAUUAGAUGGCCUGACGUAUACCUGGGCCUGAGCACCAUGGGUAAGAACAUGUCUGUGUCCAACCUGAAACGCGCUUUGGGCUUCACGCUGGAAGCUUCACUAGACGACCGUGUGACCUCCCCAUUGAUACAGUCCAAUGAUGCGGUGACCGACUCCUAUUGUCCGGUUACAGCAGAGCUCAUGGUGCAUCCAGGAUAUCCAAGUCAACCUCACCAGGGCGGAUGUGGAGAAGGACCGGAUGACUUCUCGCAGUCCGCAGACCGACUACACGAGCUGAAUACUUUGAGGGACCCUUUGGUGCUUAACUACUACAGGCAACAGGGGAUCCACCUCUGUGCCUUUAAAGACUUUUAAACACCUAGAGCAGAGGAUUUGGGGUAUUCUCCUUUAAGAUCUUGACCCAUACCUCAAUUAGUCAUUAGAGUACGAAUGCUUGGUUCGGGAAAGACAGAAAAAUCGGCAUUCAGUUUCAUUGUGCUGCUUCCAAAGCUCAUACGAAACAAUUUGAAGCUGCUACUUGAAGUAGAGCCAAAACUAUAUUCUACUAAUUAUUCAACAGAAACACAUGAUACUAUUAAAUUGACCUGUUUUUAAAUGGUUCAACAAGACUUUUAGUUUUUAGUUUAGUUAAUUUUUUUCAGCAGCCAAUCGUUUCAAUAUAGAGAGCUGCGUCCUUAUAAUAGAAAAGUGCAAUUUUAUUUGGAUUUGUUUUUGAAAAUGUUGCCUCAUUUGAGCAAGUUUCUCACAAAUCCCGAUAUUCAUAUUGCAGAGAACUGUAAAAUCUAACAGCAAUGCCAUCUUUAUGACUGUAACAAACUAUAUGAAGAUUUUCAAUCAACUGAACAUGUAGCAAUUACUUUAUAUAUUUAAAAAUCAAAGGUAUUUUUGGGUACAGUGUUUUUAAUGAAUGUAUUUAUGAUAUUUUAUGAACCUAAAAUAAAGAGUUCAUUGUA